AAAUAUCCUUUGCAGACGCCAUAUUUUUUAACUGCCAGCUGCAAUAAAUGCCAAAGAAAAUAAAUGUAAAUUUUACGAUCACACUGACAUGACAAAUUGUAAAUGUUAAAAAAUAUUGUAGAUAAGUUAGCCAUGGUAGUGUGGAACAUGUGGUUCAUCAAAUGAUUCGACAAUUCUUCAGUAAAAGAUAUGAGAUGUAGCAGAAGAUGAGUGAUAAUGAAAAUAUAGGAAGUUCAGUGGACGGUGUACUGGAAGAUCAGACAAACAAUGCCAGGGGAGAUCAUUCAGAAGAAACAGCUCAUUCUACAAAUUUACCAGAGAAAUUAGAUGAAAUUUUAGUAAAUCUAAAUAUUUCAGAAGCAGAGGCUGUUUGUGUAAAAAAUGAUGAGUUAUCUGAGGGGAUUUAUGAUAAAACGGACACAUCUCAGGUUUCAGAUAAUGAUGAAGAGGGAGAUGGGAUAAGUGUUGAUGUUUUGACAAAGGGAGAUAAGUCAGAUGAUGUUUUGACAAGGGGAGACAAGUCAGAUGAUGUUAAUAUUGAAAGUACUAAGAUUUUACCAAAAGACUUGACAGAUGAUGCUGAAAGAGAAAAUGUUGAAAAGAAAAUAGAAAAAGAUGAACCUGAAACAUCUACUGGAACUACAGUAGAUCAAAAUUUAUGUGAUACUGAAAGCCUUUCAGAGGAAACUGAGAAAAUGAGCCUAGUUGAUUCAGCUGUUAGUGUAGAAAUCACAAGUAACACAUGUGAUGAUAGCAUUGAAGCAGAAGGAAAGGUUGAGAAAGAGGUGCCCUCUGAAACAAGUAAUACAAAACAAAGUGAGGAAGUACCAUCGGAAACAAGUAAUACAAAACAAAGUGAGGAAGUGCCAUCUGAAACGAGUAGUACAAAACAAAGUGAGGAAGUGCCCUCUGAAACGAGUAGUACAAAACAAAGUGAGGAAGUGCCCUCUGAAACAAGAAGUACAAAACAAAGUGAGGAAGUGCCCUCGGAAACAAGUAAUACAAACCAAAAUGCUGAAGUGACCUCUGACACAAGUAAUACAAACCAAAAUGCUGAAGUGACCUCUGACACAAGUAAUACAAAUCAAAGUGAGCAAGUGCCAAUUAUAACAAGUAGUACAAAGGCUAGUCAAGAUGUCACUCCCAAUACAACUGAAACAGAUGAAAAGAAAGAAAUAUUAAAAGAAAAGGGUAUCGAUGACAAAGCAGCAAAGAAAAACGAAUCAUCGAAAAAGUCAUCUUCUGAUGAUUCUUUAAGUAAAAAAGUUGAAAAGAAAGAAAACAAAAGUGUAUCUAAGAAACCUGAUGAAUAUUCAUAUGCUAGAGAUUCACCGUCUCGAAGUCAGUCAAGUAAAGACAGUUUAAGGAGUAAAACAGACAGCCGUAGUAGUACUGGUGGAAGGGGGGAUGGUAGAGGUUACAAAAAGGAGGAAGAAAAAUAUGACCAAAGGAAGAAAAUAAGUGAUGAUAGAGGAAAACGUUCUGAAGAAAAAGAUUCCAAAAGAUAUUCAGACAGACGAGAGAGGGAAAGAAACAACAGGGAUGAUAAGGCUAAGAGAUUUGAAGAUGAAAGAAGGAAAGAUGACAGAAAUGGGAAAAGAGGAAGUGGUGAUUCCAAGACAAAGUCCAGUGAUGGGAAGAGUACAAAAGAAAGCAAUACAAAGCCAUUGAAAGACAAUGAUAGUGGAAAGAAGUCUGCAACUUUACCAGACCUGAAAUCUAAGCAUGUGAAGUCUGCAUCAGAUCUUGAGGCACAGUGGCAGAAAGAAGAAGACCAGAAAAGACAAAAAGAAGAGGAAGAAAAGAAAAAGGAAGAAGAAAAAAGAAAAGAAGAGGAAGAGUUAAAGCAGAAAGAAGAAGAAAAGAAGAGAAAGGAGGAGGAGGACGCAAGAAAAUUAUUGGAAGAUGAAAAGAAAUCUCUUAGUGACUUCAUAAAAGAAAACAAAGAAAAACAAGAUGUGAAGGACAAAUUAAGAGAGAAAAAUGCAUCAAUAGGAGAAAACCGACCAGAUGAAGCUUUCUUCAGGAAACUUGAUUCAAAUUUAAAGAAGAAUACAGCAUUUGUCAAGAAACUGAGAAAUCUUACUGAAGGUCAGAAAGACAGUCUAGUGAAAGACUUUGAAGCAUUGAACUUGAGUAAAUAUGUGGGAGAAGUUGCAGCGGCCAUUACAGAAGCUAAAUUAAAGAUGUCUGACAUUCCAUGUGCUGUACUGAUAUGUAGUUUGAUGUAUCAAAGAUAUACAGACUUCCCUAUUGCUCUCAUGGAAAACUGGCAGAAAUAUUUACUACAUAAAAAAGAUGAAAAGAUACUUAAUGGUAUAGUACUUAUUGAACGUAAGCAUGGUAAAAUCAGCAAUCCAAGUAAAUACAGGGUUGAUCUGAGGUUCUUUGCCGAGUUAGUAUCUGUAGGUGUUAUCAAACACAGAGAAGGUUUGGGACUGUUAGCAAAUCAACUAGGACUACUCAUGAAUAAUGACAAAGAGGGACAUAAUAACCUGUCUAUAGUGACCAGCUUCUGUAAACAUUGUGGUGAAGAUUAUGCUGGUCUGAUUCCAAGGAAGUUCAGACUUCUGUCAGAGAAAUAUGGAGGAAACAUUCCCAAAAGAUCUAUGCUGACACCAGAAAGACAAAAAGCUUGUAGAAAUUUGUUUGGAGAUUAUUACCAAUCUCUCUGUAAACAUUUAAUUAAAGAUCAUAAAGAACUGAAGUCAGUGGAAAGACAAAACAGGAAAAUCCUUCACACAAAAGGGGAGAUAAGUCAAGAUAGAAAGGAACAUUAUGAUGCAUUACUGACUGGUUACCAGAAACUGUUUACCAACACUUCAGUAUUUGCUGAUUUGUUGGAUGAAGAUUUGCCAGAUUUACCUGAAGAAGAUAUGAAGAGAGAUGAUGAAAGUGGAUUUGAUAUCUUUCACCCAGAGAAAGAUGCUGAGUUUCAGUACGUUGGUGACACCACUUUAUUUGAAGAUGAAGACUCCAGAGUAUUUUAUGAAAAUCUACCUGAUUUGAAAGCAUUUAUUCCUGGUAUUUGUUUCAAAGACAGUGAACAAGGGACCACUAAAGAACCAGGAGAAGAAGAAAACAUUGAUGAGUUUGACCUAAAAAUUGAAGAUGUAGAGAGAGAAAUGGAAACAGAACAACAGAUUGCAGAAGUAGAGAGUAAGGAAGAACAAGAAGGAAAAGAGGAAGAAUCCACAGAUGUAGAUCUUCUUUUACAGGAGGGAGAAGAGGAAGACACUGAUACAGGAAGUUUGAUGAAAAUGCAGUUUGAUGCUUAUGUACAGUCCCUUCCUAACUGUGUCAACAGGGAGCUAAUAGAUAAAGCUGCAAUAGAAUUUUGUAUGAAUUUCAACACAAAGAUGAACAGAAAGAAAUUAGUGAAAGCUCUUUUUACAGUACAUAGAACAAGGUAUGACCUGCUGUCUUUUUAUGCCAGAAUGGUUGCCACUCUGUUCCCCUGUAUGCCUGAUGUUGCUAAUGAUCUGGUGCAGCUACUUAAAGGAGACUUUAGAUGGCAUGUAAGGAAGAAGGAUCAAAUCAAUAUAGAAUCCAAACUUAAAACUGUCAGAUUUAUUGGAGAGCUUGUAAAGUUUAACCUGUUUCCAAAAUCUGAAGCUUUACAUUGCAUAAAGAUGUUGAUGUUUGACUUUUUCCAUCACAAUAUAGAAAUGGCUUGUGCUUUAUUGGAUAAUUGUGGAAGGUUUUUAUACAGAUCACAAGAUUCUCAUCACAGAACCAAAAUAUAUUUGGAUGUGAUGAUGCGUAAAAAGUCUGCCUUACAUUUAGAAAAUCGGUACACAACUAUGAUAGAGAAUGCAUUUUACUAUAGUAAUCCACCAGAGGUUCAACAGAUGGCCAGAAAAGUUAGACCUCCCAUGCAUGAGUACAUUAGAAAACUUCUAUACAAAGACUUAUCUAAAACUACCACAGAGAAGGUUUUAAGACAGUUGAGAAAGUUGAAAUGGGAUGAUCCAGAGAUUGCUUUCUAUGCCACUAAAUGUUUGAUAGCAGUUUGGAAUUUAAGAUACAACUCCAUACACUGUUCCUCUAAUCUAUUGGCUGGUUUGGCCCCAUAUUAUGAGCAUGUUGCUAUUCAGGUUGUAGAUGGUGUGUUGGAAGAUAUCAGGUUAGGAAUGGAGGUAAACCACCCUAAAUUUAACCAGAGAAGAGUGAGCUGUGCUAAAUACCUGGGAGAGUUGUACAACUAUAGACUAGUGGAAUCAUCAGUCAUUUUCAAAACUCUCUACUCAUUCAUUACAUUUGGAGUAUCAUAUGAUGAAAAUACUCCUUCUCCACUGGACCCCCCAGAACACCUGUUUAGAGUCAGAUUGACCUGUGUUAUACUGGAGACCUGUGGACAAUACUUUGACAAAGGUUCCAGUAAGAAGAAGCUGGAUUGUUUCUUACUUUAUUUCCAAAAAUACUAUUUGUACAAGAAGAUGAACCCUAUAUACAAUGAUGACCGACCUUUCCCAAUAGAUGUGAAGAACUUAUUUCAGGAUACCAUGGAAACAAUCAGACCAAAGACCAAGCUCAUCAAGGAUCAUGAAGAGGCAUUAAAAGCUAUUGAAGACUUAGAAAAGGAGGUUAAACCAAAAUUAGCUUCCGUAUUAACACUAAUGGAUACAGACAUGACAGAUGAAGGCAAUAAUAGUGAGCCAGAUGAUGGACUAUGUACAAUCCAGGAAUCAGAAGAAAAUGAUGAAUUAAGUCAGUCUUUAUCACAGUUAGAGAUGGAUGAUAGUGGAACAAGUCAGGAAGACGGCGGCUUAAGACAAUACAGUCAGGAUAUUGAAGCCCAGUAUGCAGAUGAAAGUAAUGAAGAUUACAUGUCAGAGAGUGCUGGAGAAGAUUUUGAACCAGAGGUGAAUGUUAUAACUGGUGCUUCAAAGAAUAUUAAAUGUCAAGAAGAUGAUGACUUCCUGUCUGCAUUUGACAAAAUGAUGGCUGACAAUAUUCAGGCUAGAUCUCAGGAAUCCUUAAAAGUACCACAGAUGGACAUCGCUGUUCCUACACAAGCCAAAAAUAAAAAUAAAUAUAAUUAUGAUGAACCAAAAGAAGAAAAAGCUUCCAUUGAGUUUAUGUUGAUGACUCGAAGAGGAAACAAACAACAGUUUACCAAUAUUAAUGUACCAAUCUCAGCAGAAUUUGCAACAAAGUUCAAAGAAAGGACACAGGCUGAAAAAGCAGAAAAAGAAAAGAUGAAGCAGGUUGUACUUGGUAUCCAUGAACGACAGGAAGAAGAGGAUUACCAAGAGAUGAUUGCUUCAAUGAAUAGACAACUACCUACUGUCAAUGCAAAUAGAGAGAGGAGAGUAAGGUACCAACACCCUAAGGGAGCCCCUGAUGCUGACCUGAUCUUUGGAUCAAAAUAAUUUAGUGCCAUAAAGGGUGCCAUAAAGGCCCAGUUUGAUGUUUCUUGGAACUGAUCAAUAUCAUAUUGAAUGUUUUCUUUCAGAAAACGCUGAGUAAAGCCCUUUGACAAGACUCUCCGUGAAACUCAGUGUCAAAAGACACACCAAACAGAAAACCAACCAAUCAGCAGUGAUGAAAAGAGGGAUCAGUGACAAAUAACCAGAAGAAUAAAAAAACAAAUCAAAGCAGGACAAGGAUACAGUCGUGAUUGAAUUUGAUGAUUUGAAAUUAUUACCUAAGCUUGGGACUUAUAUGGGUGCUAUUGUUGCAAUGAAAUAUUUUGUUAUGUUUUUGGAUAGACAUUUAUAAUAUUAUGUUUAUAGACUCUUACUUCUCAGAUCUUUAACAAACUAGACAUAAUUUCAAAUUUAUCUUUGUCUCAGUUCUAUUAUUUUACUAACUCUGACAUGAAUUGUUUUCCUUAUUACAAAUUAGUUAACAAAUUUAUUUUAUCUCUAUUAGAGCAACUCAGUUAAACAAUUUAUCUUAGUUUUACAGACCUUGUUAUCUAACUAAGUUAUAUCCAGACUCUGAGAAAAAAAUGAAAAUAGACGGUUCUUGAAAUCUGAUGGCUUCAUAAUAGUACUACAUACAUCUUAUGUGAAAAAUCAUUGUACAUGUUUGAUUUCUUGUUGGUAAAAGUUGAAUAUUUCGUGCAUAUAGAUAAAUACGAAAAUGUGAAAAAAUGAAACAAAAAUAGAAUUUGUGAAUAGCAGAUAUUGUCAAUUUCUCUGUGUUCUUGAAAUGAAUAAAGUUAAUGACUCAAAGCCUCAA